CAUCCGGUUGUGCAGCAGCCAUUUUGUCUGUUCAUGCAAGUCCACCCCACACGGUCAGAACUGACGUUCCCCCUUGAAUAACAUUUUGGAAAUAUCACACGCGAUACUUUCCUGUGUCAUCCAUGGAAGUUGAAACGGGCUGAAAAAAUACCCGACUGAAUUCUGUGCUCGAGAACAUCACUCAUUUUCCGAUGUGUCUUCUCUUUGUCGAUUGAGUGUCAUUAAUCGUGGACAUGUCGAACGAGGAGAGCUAUCUAGCUAUCCAGCGCUAUUUGACUGACGAGCGGGAGCCGUACGCGCCGGGCACGCACGGCAACACCAAGAGGAAGAUCCGCAAAGCUGCCGCCUGUUACAUAGUUCGCAAUGGCAUUCUUUAUUAUCAGAGGCGACAGAAGGGCCUGGAUGAAUUCUCGGAGUUGGAAGUGGUGCUGCAGGCCGUUCGGCGGAAGGAACUCAUCACGGAGGCGCACAUUACGUCCGGAGGGGAACACUUCAACCAGCAGCAGACGUGGGAGAUCAUUUCUCAGAAAUACUGGUGGAGAGGUAUUCUAAAGCAAGUGAAGGAUUGUAUACGGGAGUGUGGUCAUUGCCAAAGCAAACAAGAGAGGGUACGAGGGAGUCCUGAGGAUGCCACGAAACAAGCGCCGUUCAGACGAAAGACUGCAGCCCAGGUCAGUGAGGAAGACGACGACGACGCACAUGAUGAAUUGGAUGAUGAACAGCCUGCUGUUGUCGAUAAACACGAACUGGUGAUUGUGGACAGUAGCGGUGUUGUCAAGCAGUUCUUACCUAAGCAUGGGCAGACCAUGCUGGACAAGCUUAACCAGCAACGACUCAAGAAUGAGUUUUGCGAUAUCACUCUGCUCAUCGAGGGCGAGGAACAUCGCGCACAUAAAGCUGUAUUGGCGUCCUGCAGUGAAUACUUCUAUGAACUCUUUGUGGAGAAGGGUGCUGUGACCAGUCAUGAAGCUGUGGUUGACCUCUCAGGCUUCAGCAAAGCCAGCUUUUUGCCGUUGCUGGAUUUCGCCUACACCUCCAAUCUGACCUUCAACUUUUGCGUGAUGGCGGAGGUGGCCACGCUGGCACGCCACUUACUAAUGGCCGAGGUGCUUCAGAUCUGCGAGUCUGUACAUAAGAAAGUGGAGGAGCAGAAGCUGAUGGUCUACCAGAGGGGAGACAUCCACACCGUGGUGACCAACCAACCUGUCCCCCCUGAGCCAAUCCCAUCCAUUAAUUCUGAAACUUACGUGGUGACUAUGCAGAGUGAUGGCCAAGUUGUUUCCGAGGCAGGACUCUUGGCUGUAAUAACUGGUGAAGAUGGGACUGCUGAAUCCCUAGCGUUGCUCGCUGGUGCGACUGUCGAUGGACAGACAAUGACUGUUGUUACUCAUAGCGGACAGGCUGGAUCAGCCGAGUCUCUUGCUAUGGUGGCCCACAGUGGCGAGGCGGUCGAGGGCGAGACCAUGACUUUGGUGACUCACUCUGGGCAGGCGGGCUCAGGUGAGUCUCUGGCUGUAGUGCAGGCCUGUUGGUCUGUAGAGGAGCCACAAGUUGGUGACACUCCUGUAGCAGAGAGCAUCCAGCCGGGAACCUAUCUUAUUACUGUGGAUCCUGUCAAAGCUGAUGCUUCUGAAGUUGUGCAUUUAGCUGCAGUGGCACCACCUGCUGUGCAGGCGGAGCCCACGCAGCCACCCGAGCCAGCGGCACCGAUCCCACAGGAAGCUCCGGCACCAGUCAAACGAAGGCCAGGAAGACCACCUAAAGUGAAGCUGCCGGAGCCUCCUCCCGAGGAGGACCCUACAGAGAUGGAGGACAUUGAAGAUGCAUCUGCUGCCGAUGAAGAGAAAAAGGAAAUGGAAAGUAUAGAUCCUAACAAGAGAUACUUAAGAAAACGAUCUAUGAAGGAAGGAAGCUAUGUUCGUCUUCAUAUGGGUCUUGAGAAUGAGGAGGAAGAGAAUAGCUCAUCGCCCCCUAUGAAGAUACCUCAAAAACUGGCCAGGAGAGGUCGUGUGGUUCAGACUUUGAGGAAGAUUUCUGAUGAGUUUUCAGAAACAAAGCUUGAGUCUGCUCCCGAUACUGCAACUGCAGCAGAGGAGUCGGAGUCUGUUACAGACAUGUCUGAAGCCGUAGAGGAAGGGACGAUGAUGGGAGACCCAGUAGGAACUGUGGAGGGAGAUCACGUGUGCAAUGAGUGUGGCAUGGUGUUCCAGAGACGUUACGCUCUCAUCAUGCAUGCUCUUAAACACGAGAAGACUCGCAGCUUCAAAUGCAGCAUCUGCAACAAAGAGUUCCAGUAUGCAGCCUCUCUCCGGGCGCAUUUGGCCCGUCACAAGCAUCAGAAGACCCAGAGAGCCAGCGUGACGCGAUCCACGGUGGCAGAAAAUUCUCAAGAGUCGGAAGACUCAGCAAAGUACCGCACCAAGAGGGAGUUUGUGUGUGACAUCUGUGGCAAGACGCUGCCCAAGCUGUACUCUCUCCGUAUUCAUAUGCUGCACCACACAGGGGUGAGGCCGCACAGCUGUAAGGUUUGCGGAAAGAGCUUUGCCACCAAGCACAGCCUGAAAAUGCACCGGGCGCUCCACGACUCGCUCAAGAGAUUCCACUGCAACCUCUGCGAAAAGUCUUUUGUUACCAAGAGAAGCCUGGAGGAGCACACAAGCAUUCAUACAGGUGAAUCAAAGUACUUAUGCACUACCUGUGGAGCGUCCUUUCACCGUGCGUCCGGACUGAGCAAACACCUCAAAAAACAUUUACCCAAACCUGAGGUGCGGUCAUUCCAAUGUACUCAAUGUGAUAAGAGCUUCUUUGAAGCAAAAGACCUGCAACAGCACAUGAAUAAGCACUUAGGCCUGAAGCCCUUCCAGUGCCAGGUUUGUGGGAAAUGCUACAGUUGGAAGAAAGACUGGUACUCUCAUGUCAAAUCGCACACUGUUGCAGAGCCUUUCAGGUGUAAUGUGUGUGGUAAGGAGUUCUUUGAGAAGGCCCUGUUCAGACGCCAUGUGAAAAAAGCCACUCAUGGAAAGAAGGGCCGAGUGAAGCAGAACUUGGAGAGGGAGUGCGAACACUGUGGGAGGAAGUUCACUCAGCUCCGAGAAUACCGCCGCCAUAUGAACAAUCACCAGGGAGUGAAACCCUUCGAGUGUCUAACCUGUGGCGUGGCAUGGGCAGAUGCCCGUUCAUUAAAGAGGCAUGUUCGCACUCACACGGGCGAGCGCCCUUACGUGUGUCCAUUGUGUCAGGAGGCCCACAUAGACGCCCGGUCACUGCGGAAGCACAUAAGCAAGUUCCACGGAGACCAGUUGCCCGGCAAGAUCAUGCUGGAGAAGGACACACUGCAGUUCCAUAACCAAGGCACGCAGGUAGAACACGCCGUCAGCAUCCUCGGUUCCGAUCUGCCUCCUGAACUCCAACCUCCACAGCCUCCCACCACAGAGGAGAUAGAGACUGUGCUCAUCACCGAAGAAACUGUGGAGGCUGUGCAGGCUGUUAGCGAAGGCUCUGUAACAACUUUAUCAGAUCAGAGCAUUAUGCAAGUGGUGAACUAUGUUCUAGCGCAGCAAUCUGUUGUCAAGGUGGAAGAUUCCCCCGAAAUCAUCCAAACCAUGGAAGUGGAGGUGGCCCAUGUGGCUGAAGUGGAGUGAGAUGUUAGAACUCUUGAUAUGAGCGGAUUGCGGUUUUGUGAAUUGGCUUCUAAGCUUCUUUUGGGAAGUGCAUCAUGGACCCGACGGUAAAAGAUGACUGAACGUGAUGGUAGUCUUAUUCUUUUCUGAAAUGAUGUAAAAAAGUUAUUUUUGUUGUAAAAUGUAAAUUAAAGUUCACUCAAGGACUCUUGAGUUUACUGGCAUCAACCUCAUCACCUGGGGUGUAUUAUUUUGUGUGUGUGUGGGCAUGAUGUUGAUGCUUGAUUUGUAUCAAAAUAAACUAGCGUGUACAGGUUUGCAUAAACAUAGGAAGAAUGUUUAAUAAUGUUGUAAAACAGUCAUAAGCAUACAGCAAACAGUGUGAAUUCCAUUGUAUAUAUGAAGCUUUUUGAACAUUUUCAAAAUUUGCUAUGCAUUAGGCUGAGUGUGAUGGUUUUUUCUUUUUCACCCUUCGCAAGCUGACAUAAAGGCUCUUACGGGCCUAUUAAAUGUGCUAUAGGCUCAAGUCUGUGGUAUAAUAUGGUACCUCUCAAUCCCAGGCGAGUACUAUGUAUAGCAGUAGAAAUGUCAACCAAAUAAAAAAGCUCAUUGUCUGCAGGGAUGCACCAUGUGCUAUAUUGUCUA